AUGAGACAGAGUAACAAUGUAACAGAAUUCGUCCUCCUGGGACUCACUCAGGAUCCUGAGAGUGAAAAAGCAUUAUUUGUCAUGUUUUUGCUCAUCUACAUUGUGACGAUGGUGGGCAACCUGCUCAUUGUCAUGACUGUUAUUGUCAGCCCUUCACUGGGCUCUCCCAUGUACUUCUUCCUGGCCUAUCUGUCACUGAUGGAUGCUGUUUAUUCCACUGCUGUUUCCCCAAAAAUGAUUAUUGACUUACUCGGUGAUAAAAAGUCUAUUUCUUUCAGAGCUUGCAUGGGUCAGCUCUUUAUAGAACACUUAUUUGGUGGUGCUGAGGUCUUUCUUCUGGUGGUAAUGGCCUAUGAUCGCUAUGUGGCCAUCUGUAAGCCAUUGCACUACUUGACCAUCAUGAGUCAACAGGUUUGCAUUCUGUUGCUGGUGGUGGCCUGGAUUGGUGGGUUUUUGCACUCUUUGGUUCAACUUCUCUUUGUGUACAACCUCCCCUUCUGUGGCCCCAAUGUCAUCGAUCACUUCAUCUGUGACAUGUAUCCAUUAUUGGAACUUGCUUGCACUGACACCUAUUUUAUAGGCCUCACAGUGGUUGCCAACGGUGGAGCCAUGUGUAUGGUAAUCUUUUCUCUUCUACUAACCUCCUAUGGGGUCAUCCUAAGAUCCCUGAAGACUCACAGUCAGGAAGGGAGGCGUAAAGCUCUCUCUACCUGCAGCUCCCACAUCACAGUGGUUGUAUUUUUCUUUGUGCCCUGUAUUUUUCUGUAUGUUAGACCUGUUUCCAAUUUUCCCAUUGAUAAAUACAUGACUGUGGUUUUUACAGUUAUCACUCCCAUGUUGAAUCCUCUAAUAUAUACUCUGAGAAAUUCUGAAAUGAAAAAUGCUAUGAAAAAUCUCUUUAGUCAAAAGUUAACCACAGGUAGAAUAAGAAUGUGUGCUCCCUCUGAACAUACCAUUGCUACUUCUAAAGCAACGCAUAGCCAAUAA